UGUGACCUCUAGUGCCAUUUACUCUUUCUUUUGUGGUCUUUUCAUCCAUUAGAACAAAAAGAGAGGGUGAAAGGCCCCGAAAAAUCUGAGAACCUAAAACCCAAACAAAGCCCUUUGGCCGGUGUAGAAACUCAUCUCUCUCCCGAUCCAAAAAUAUGGCCAGUUUCGCCGCCAGGUCAGUCCUCCGCUCCGCUAGAACUGCCGCCACGAGAGUUGCCGCCGGUGCUAAGACCAAGGCGUCUCCUUCUCCCUUUCGCAUCCCCACUCAAAAACCCCUCACUGCUCGCAUUUUCAGGUCGCCUGUGGAAAUGAGUUGUGCGGUGGAAAGUAUGCUUCCUUAUCACACUGCUACUGCUUCUGCUUUGCUGACUUCAAUGCUCUCUGCUACUCCGAGGAGUUAUGGUUGGACUCUUGAAGAUUGCAAUGAUGAUGUAUGAUGAAUGUCAGAGAGUUCAAGCGAAGUUUUAUAUCCAUGCAGUCUAAGUGAAUGAUAAGUAGAAUACUGAAUGAGAACUUGGGACUUUUUCCUUUCUGUGAAUUCUGGCUUCUGUUGGACUGUAUUAUCAUUUGGUAUCUAGCCAUUGGAGUCCUAUGGAAGCUCAUUGUGAUUAGAUACUGAGGGACGGUUAAAGCUUUAAUUUGUCUCAAAAAUGCUUUUAUACAAGCCUUAAUAAUUUUAUCUUUUGUGGUGUUAGAUAAGAUAUUAUAUUGACCAUAUUUUAGUUUCUUGGGAGUAUUGUUUGAACUUUGAAGCAUCUAAUGUUAUCUAUGCUGCAAGUUGCUGGUCUUGCCUGAUUAUAGAUUGA